UUUUAUAAAAAAGUGUGAUGAUGAAAAAAUGUGGCUAAAUGUGACGAAUUUUUUUUGAAAUUGUGAUAUAUUAUUUUUUAAGUGUUUUUAUUUAUUAUUUUUGUUUGUUCAUCCAAAAUGCGGUUAUCCAAGGGUGGAAGGUCGAAGAAAGCAAUGGCUCGAGGUCUAUUGAAAUGCUAUUGUGAGAACCAUUGUCCAGAUGGAGCUGCAAAUGGGACUUGCAUUGCAAAACCAAACAGCAUGUGCUUUUCAUCCAUUGAGGAAGUGGUGGAUCGAGAGACAGGCGCCAGAGAGGUGGAGCGUUCUUUCGGUUGUCUGCCGCCCGAUGAAAGUGGACUCAUGCAGUGUCGAGGUGAUAUGUCUGGAAAAUCAAUAAAAUGCUGUGACUCACAAGAUUAUUGUAAUCGUGCCAUACUGCCAGAAUUAAAAACAACAACACCGAUGCCAGGCACAUUAAACUACGAUGAAAGUAUAUUAUACACAGCUUUAAUAAUAUCAUUGACGAUAUGUAUUACCGUCUUCCUCAUAAUCAUCGCCUUUAUGUAUUUACGAUAUAAAAAACGGGAGGAUAUGAGAAAAUCCAUGUAUUUAGAGAAAUCACCAAAACAUUGUGACUUUCUACAACCAAAUAGUGCAUUACAUGACUUAAUUGAACAGUCGAGUGGAUCCGGGUCAGGUUUACCAUUUUUAGUACAACGCACAAUUGCAAAACAAAUUCAAAUGGUACAUUCAGUGGGGAAAGGACGUUAUGGUGAAGUGUGGUUAGCGAGAUGGCGUGGUGAAAAAGUUGCAGUGAAAGUGUUUUUUACAACGGAAGAAGCAUCAUGGUUCCGGGAAACUGAAAUAUAUCAAACUGUUCUAAUGCGACAUGAGAAUAUUCUUGGGUUCAUUGCAGCCGAUAUUAAAGGGACUGGAUCGUGGACUCAAAUGUUAUUAAUAACGGAUUAUCAUGAGCUAGGAUCUUUACAUGAUUUUCUACAGAAAAAUGUACUGGAUAAAAAUUCGCUGUUAUUAAUGUGCCUAUCAAUCGCUAGCGGAUUAUCACAUUUACACACAGAAAUAUUCGGUACAAAAGGUAAACCAGCAAUUGCCCAUCGUGACAUUAAAUCCAAGAACAUAUUAGUGAAACGAAAUGGACAAUGUGCGAUCGCCGAUUUUGGUUUAGCUGUAAAAUAUUUACGUGAUAAUAAUGAAAUAGACAUUGCUCAAAAUACCCGAGUCGGUACCAGACGGUAUAUGGCUCCAGAAGUACUUGCCGAAACGCUGAACACGUCAAAUUUUGAAGCAUUCAAGAUGGCAGACAUGUACUCAUUUGGUCUAGUUUUGUGGGAGAUGACUCGACGGUGUGGUACUGGUGAUAAAGUGAUCAUGGUUGAUGAUUACGCGCUACCAUAUUACGAUUGUGUGCCCAGUGAUCCAAGUUUUGAUGAUAUGCAUUUAGUUGUAUGUGUUAAACGAGUGCGUCCGCUAAUCCCAUUACGAUGGGAUACCGAUUCAGUGUUACAAACAGUGUCAAAAGUAAUGCAAGAGUGUUGGCAUCAAAAUCCAGCUGUACGAUUAACAGCGCUGCGAGCGAAAAAAACAUUAUCCAAAAUUGAUACAGAUACAAGUAUUAAAAUUGUAUAAUAAAACUCUGUAACUUAAAUAAAACAGUGAAGUAUUCUUUUAGUAACAGAUACGGGUUACAGGUAACAGAGAAAACCCCAAUUGAAUAUGUUUUUUUCAAUUGGGGGUUAUCAAAUUGGGUACAUUGCGGGGGAAAACAUAUGGGUACAAAAAACUAAGUAUUAAUAUUCGAGGAGGCUGUACACAGAAGUACAAAAAAAUGAACAUAUAACAGUACCAGUUUAAACAAUGUGUAUUUAUGUUUUAAAAAAUAAGUGCCAUAGAAAAAAAAAUAAAAACGUUUAAAAAUUUUGUGAGAAUCGAAAAGAAAUGAACGAAAGCGGACACUCUUUAAUAAAAGUGGG